AUUGACAUGACACUCGGAAUGAGAAGUUCCUAUUUGUUGCUCACUUGACAGCCAGAUUCGGAAUAGUUUCCGCCCCGUUGUUAUCUGGCCGAGAUUACCGAGACUUCGGGGCAACGAUUCUAAGGCGCAAUUAAGCGUGGUUGGUAUUGGUUGGCAUUGCUGAUUUCAAUUUCGCACCCGGGCUGACAAGACACGAAUUAAUCUAGAAGCGGACUGAUUAAACGUGCCUAGCAUGGGCUGGCUCCACAUAAAAAGCCCUUCGAGCUGCCAGAAAUGCAUCAGUGAUCGGUGAGCCGAGUUAGCAGCCAGACGCAUUUCUUCUUCAGUCUCGCAAGUAACACCAAAAUAAAACCAUCAACAUGAAAGCCGUGAUCUUUGUGCUUACCGCCUUGCUGGCCGUUGCCGGAAAAGCCCAUGCCGAAUGCGGAAAAGUUCCGCAGUAUUCGGAAAAGAUCGAUCCCGUUGAAUGCCCAUUGUCUGCAAUCCAGUUGCCCAACUACGAGAACGCCACCUUCUACUACCAGUGCAGUAAAGCGAACACCACCUCCAAGUCGACCGCCACAUUGACCACCUGCCCUACUAACACCUACUUCAACUAUGCCAUGCAGGAAUGCAUGACCUGCGAUACUUACUUCCCGAGCACCCAGUGCAGCGGUCUGAAAAUCAACGUUACCUGUGUGUCCAUCGCCACCACUGUUGCCCCCACUGUUGCCCCCACUGCUGCCCCCACUGUUGCCCCCACGGUUGCCCCCACGGUUGCCCCCACUGUUGCCCCCACCGAAACCACCGUUGCCCCCACCACUAAGGCACCUGGCACCACCGUGCCCGUCCCACCAACUGAUGCCCCUACAACCGCCACCACCGUUUCCGACGACAUCAUAACCCCCUCUGGUACCACCAUCUCCGUGCCCCAGCCCCCAUCCCCCAACGACAGCAACGUGCCCACUCCAGUGACGCCCGCGCCUACAGCUCCAGUCAUCAACGACACUCCUCCGACCGCGGCUGUGGCCGGCACCGAUUAAGUAACUCCUCGAGUUAAUUCUAUCAAAAGCCUCAGGAUUUUUGUCUGAAUAAAGUGUCGACACACUCAUUAUGAAAAGGAAGUAACUUUUAGUUUUUUUUAACAG